GCAAGGGCAAGACGGAUACGACAUCACGUUGAAGAUGGUCGAUCCAAUUACAGGAGUAUCAACGAAUAAUAAAAAUCUAAGCGCAAUGAAUUACUAUGCGUAUCGUAUGAUGAUUCGUACACAUGAGGAGAAUGUCAUUCUGAAGUGCGGUCGGCUAUUCCAGCAAUUCGCUGUCGACAUGUAUGUCAAAGUCGAGACCGAACGUUUAGCGUUCAUCAGAUUCAAUCAGCCAAAGCUACGAUCUGAGGACUAUAUACACUUGCGUGAUGCUAUUCAUUCAGAUGGUGAUGUUCAGAAUAUUGGACGACUGACGAUUCUCCCAUCAACUUAUAUCGGAAGCCCACGCCACAUGCACGAAUACGCUCAAGACGCUAUGACGUACGUGCGAAAUUAUGGAACUCCGGAUUUAUUUAUUACGGUCACAUGCAAUCCGAAGUGGACGGAAAUUGAACGCGAGUUGGAACCGGGUCAAAAACCGCAAGAUCGCCAUGACAUAAUCGCCAGAGUAUUUCAGCAAAAACUCAAGGUUAUGAUGGAUGUGCUUACUAAGUAUCGAGUUUUUGGUGACACACGUUGUUAUAUGUACUCGGUGGAAUGGCAGAAGCGUGGACUACCGCAUGCUCAUAUCCUAAUUUGGUUGCUGAACAAAUUACAUUCAAAUGAAGUGGAUGACAUCAUAUCAGCUGAAAUUCCUGAUCCAGUCACUGAUCCCCGUCUACACGACAUUGUGACGACACAGAUGGUGCAUGGACCGUGCGGUGCAUUAAAUCCAUUAUCGCCUUGCAUGGCUGAUGGAAAGUGCACAAAACGAUAUCCGCGACCGUUAGUUGCUGAAACAGUCACAGGGAACGAUGGAUAUCCAGUUUAUCGUCGGCGUUCAAAAGAAGAUAACGGUCGAACUAUCAAAGUUAAAGUUCAAAAUCAAGAGAUUGAGAUCGGAAAUGAAUUCAUUGUACCAUAUUGCCCGCUGCUAUCACGAAUUUUCGAAACACAUGCAAACGUUGAGAGUUGUCAUUCGGCCAAAUCAAUCAAAUAUUUGUGCAAGUACGUCACAAAAGGCAGCGACAUGGCUGUGUUUGGUAUUGCGUCGGAAAAUGUGAAUGACGAAAUCAGCAACUUCCAAAUGGGCAGAUACGUCAGUACUAAUGAAGCACUGUGGCGAUUAUUGUCAUUUCAAAUUCAUGAAAGAUAUCCCACAGUUGUACAUUUAGCAGUGCAUUUGGAAAAUGGCCAAAGAGUUUACUUCACUGAGGCUAAUGCGGCACAACGAGCUGAGAGACCACCAUCGACAACAUUGACUAGCUUCUUUGCAAUGUGUGAAGCAGAUCCAUUCGCAGCGAUGCUGAUGUACGUUGAAAUGCCCAAGUAUUACACUUGGAAUCAAUCAACAAAGAAAUUCAAACGUCGCAAACAAGGAACCCCAGUUCCAGACUGGCCACAGGUGUUUUCAACUGAUGCACUAGGUCGUAUGUACACUGUUCAUCCUAGAAACGAUGAAUGUUUUUAUUUGCGACUGCUGUUAGUAAAUGUACGUGGACCGAAAUCAUUUGCGCAUUUGAAAACUGUGAAUGGCCACCAAUGCCAAACAUAUCGAGAAGCAUGUCAACUAUUGGGUUUGCUGGAGAACGAUUCUCAUUGGGAUUUAACACUUGCAGAUUCAGUUGUUUCAUCAAAUGCGUACCAAAUACGAACGCUGUUCGCAAUUAUCAUCACCACAUGUUUUCCUUCACAACCAAUUCAGUUAUGGAACAAAUACAAAGACGCCAUAUGUGAAGAUAUCUUGCAUCGCUUGCGUAUUCAAACGAAUAAUCCUGACAUCCAAAUAACCGAUGAAAUCUACAAUGAAGGAUUGAUUCUGAUUGAGGAUCAAUGCUUGACUAUUGCAAACAAGCUACUGAUUGAAGUAGGAAUGAUUGCGCCAAAUCGAUCGAUGCACGAUGCAUUCAACCAAGAAUUAAAUCGAGAGCUGCAAUACAAUGUUGAUACAUUGCAGGAAUUCGUUAGAAAUAAUGUUCCGUUGCUGAAUGAACAGCAAAAACAAGUAUACAAAACAUUAAUGCAAGCGGUGGACAAUAAUACUGGUGGUCUAUUCUUCCUGGAUGCACCUGGAGGAACAGGGAAAACAUUUGUCAUUUCAUUGAUUUUGGCCACUAUUCGAUCAAGAUGUGACAUAGCUUUGGCGUUAGCAUCAUCUGGAAUUGCGGCGACUCUUCUAGAUGGCGGUCGUACUGCACAUUCUGCGCUUAAGUUGCCACUCAAUUUAAACACAAUUGAUACUCCAACGUGCAAUAUUUCCCGAUCCAGUGCAAUGGGAAAAUUGUUAAUGCAAUGCAAGCUCAUUGUUUGGGAUGAGUGCACAAUGGCACAUAAGAAAUCACUUGAAGCACUUAACUUCACACUGAAGGAUCUUCGGAGAAAUAACAACAUCUUUGGCGGCUUGAUGAUAUUGUUGGCAGGCGAUUUCAGGCAGACGUUGCCAGUAGUUCCCCGUGGAACGCCUGCAGAUGAAUUGAAUGCUUGCCUAAAGGCAUCACCUUUAUGGAAUAACGUAAAAACAUUAUCGCUAACCACUAAUAUGAGAGUUCAACUUCAAAAUGAUCAAAGUGCUGCACAAUUUUCCAAACAAUUGUUAGAUCUUGGAAAUGGAAAAGUCCCAGUUGAUGCGACAUCUGGAUUAAUUACUCUUACCAACGACUUUUGCCGAUUUGUAGACACUCAAUUAGUUCUUAUUGAAAAUGUUUUCCCAAACAUUAGUGAGAAUUAUAAGAAUUAUGCUUGGUUAAGUCAACGAGCAAUUCUUGCAGCAAAGAAUAAUGAUGUCCACGCACUGAAUUUCACCAUUCAAUCAAAAAUUGCUGGCGAUUUGGUGACAUACAAAUCCGUUGAUUCAAUAACAAAUCCCGAUGAUGUAGUAAAUUAUCCAACGGAGUUUUUGAACUCUCUGGAGAUACCAGGAUUUCCACCACAUAACUUGCAACUGAAAGUUGGUACAGUUAUUUUGAUACUGCGUAAUUUGAAUCCACCGCGACUUUGCAACGGUACUCGACUUUCGGUAAAGAGACUUAUGCCGAAUUUAAUUGAGGCAACCAUUAUUAACGGAAAGUACGCAGGUGAAAAUGUAUGUAUUCCUCGAAUACCAAUGAUUCCGACUGAUCUUCCGUUUGACUUCAAACGAUUGCAAUUCCCAGUUCGCCUUGCGUUCGCAAUGACAAUUAAUAAGUCGCAAGGCCAAUCGCUUAGUGUUUGCGGGAUAAAUUUGGAAAAUCAUUGUUUUUCACAUGGACAGUUAUACGUUGCGUGUUCACGAGUUGGGAAACCAUCCGCUUUGUUUGUGUUAACGUCAGACCAAAAAACAAAAAAUGUGGUUUACCAAAGAGCACUACAAUGA